UUUGGGUUCUGAACCCCUCUUCCCUUCUCUUCCGCCCCAGCAUCGGCGGCUCUAGCGAGCUGCUAAAGCCGCGCCCCCCGACGCCAUAAUCCCUGAACGAUCCCCAGAGCAGAGCCAUCCUCUCUCUCCUCGGGAGCCCUCACAAGCGAGAGGCGAGAGACCAGAGAUGGGCGGCGGCAACUGCAACCCCAAGGACUUCGGCGCCGCCGCCUACUGGGAGGCCCGCUACUCCUCUCCCUCCACUGGCGGCAAGGGCGGCGGCGGUGGCGGGUUCUUCGACUGGUACCAGUCGUACUCGGCGCUCCGCCCCCUCCUCCGCGCCUGCGUGCCCACUUCCUCCCGGGUCCUCAUGCUCGGCUGCGGCAACUCCCUUCUGUCGGAGGACAUGGUAAAGGAUGGUUACCAGAACAUAGUAAACAUAGACAUCUCAUCAGUUGUAAUCGAGCAGAUGAAAGAGAAGCACAUGGAUAUCCCACGGCUUACAUAUAUGCAGUUGGAUGUCAGAGAUAUGAGCUUCUUUGGAGAUGGAUCAUUUGAUUGUAUCAUCGACAAAGGAACUUUGGAUGCUAUGAUGUGUGGCGAUGAUGCCCCUCAUGGUGCUUACAAAAUGCUAGCAGAAGUGGCAAGGCUUAUGAGGCCUGGUGGGAUUUACAUGUUGAUAACAUAUGGUGCCCCUAAGGAACGCCUGACACUUCUGAAUCAAGUCCAAUGCUGUUGGGAAGUUGAGCUUUACAUUAUGCCAGCCACACCUGAAUACCAGCUGAAAUGGAGCAACGGUGCUGCACACGCCAUGAUGGAGAAAGUUGCACUGACAGUGGAUCGCCAACUGCCACCUGACUACGUUCUCAAGAAUCCAGAGUCACAUUUCAUUUAUGUUUGUUACAAGUCAGAUAUAGUGACUGAAGAUAAUUCCAUGGUUGCUGGUCAAGAUGAUGCCAUGACUUCAUUUUAAUAGAGUCCGACCACAAUUACCGAAUUAAUUAUUGCCAUGACUUCAAAAUGAUUUGCUUCUCAUCCUUGGUCUGAAUGGUAGAUUGUUACCGUUGAUUAUGAAAACUCAUACCCUUUUGUGCCAUUAUCUGGCGUGAGUAAGAGUGAUGAGUGUGCUUUGUGGAAGUUGGAGGAUUUAAGAAAUAUAGUUGUUGUGUGUUUCUAUCUGCCA